AUCAACACCAUGGUCAACUACUUACUGAAUUUGAAGUUUGAGAAUGAAAUAUGGUAUGAAAUCACAGAAGCAGCAGCCGGAGACCAAUCAGAAUCACAAACCUCUGAAAUCACAGUGUAUGAGGUCUUUCCUGUAAAUAGUCCCAUGUCUCUCACCAUCAUUGAUACUCCAGGCUACGGAGACACUAGAGGACUGGACAAAGAUCUGGAGGUUGCUGAGAAUUUAGCCACUCUGUUUCAGAGCAAUGAUGGAGUUCGUGAAGUCGACGCCGUCUGCUUCGUGACUCAAGCAUCUAAGAAUCGUCUCUCAGACAGACAGCAUUACAUUAUCAGUUCAAUUCUGUCUUUGUUUGGAAAAGACAUUGUGAACAACAUUGUGUUUUUAAUCACACACUCUGAUGGUCUGCCACCCAAAAAUGUCCUCGGUGCCAUUAAAAAAGCUAGAAUCCCCUGCAGACGAGACAAAAGUGGCCAACCUGUUUAUUUCUCAUUCAACAACCGUCAGGCUGAUGAUCGUCACACUAGAGAACGUCACAUUCGUGCUCAAAGAGACGCCUGGGAAGACAGCAUGGAAGAGAUGAAGCAAUUCCUUCAGUCUCUGAAUGAAAUGAGCAGAAGAAGUUUAGAGCUGACUUCGGAUGUCCUGAUUGAGCGCAUUCGAUUUGAAGCAACUAUCUGCAACUUACAGCUGCGAGUUCAAGAAAAGGAGCUAAAAAAGGCUGAAAAACUUCAGAUUCAGGAGGCAAUGAUGCAAAACAAGGAAAAGAUUGAAGAUUGUAAAAACUUUGCCAUUAAAAUCAAAAAGACUGCCAAAGAGAGGGUUCCCAUUGAGAGCAAGUCAUGGAAGCACAGGAAGGCGACGACCUGCACCGUCUGUGAGGAAAACUGUCAUGAGUUUGACUGCUGGUGGGGUUCUGAUCCCAGCAAAUGUGAAGUCAUGAAAGACGGAUUCUGCACCGUGUGUUCAGGGAAGUGUCAUCACAGCAAACACGUCAAAGACAACAAGAAAUAUGUCAUCAGAAGCUCAAGCACAAUGAUAGAAUAUGACUCUACAAGAAAGGAAAAUAAAAAAGCCCAAGAACAAACCAACAGGUUUUCAGCUGUAAUGGAUGAUGUUGACAAAGACCUGCAAGAGAUUGAAACCCAUAAGUCAAUGCUUCUGUUCAAUGCUUACAGGACCAUCAAGAAUCUGUCUCAGAUCGCGUUAAAACCAGACUCUGCCUUCACUCUUCAGCAUCUGGACUUCUUCAUCCCAAGAGUGAGGGAGGCUGGGAAAGAAAACUGGGCCCGAGAGCUGGAGGAGAUGAGGGGAAACGCUGAAGCUGAAGAAGCAAAUAAAGAUGCCAUGAGUUAUCUUAAAGCUGGCCUGACAAAAGUGUUCCUUAGUAGGAAAUGAACAAAUGUGAUUAGACUUGU